AUGAAUCCGUGCUACCCAACAUCGUAUCCGCCGGGGUAUGCCCCUGCACCGUACCAGGGACAGUACCCGGCACCAUACCGGGUAAUCUACGCCCCGCAGCCGUACGGCUACUAUCCCCCGCCCCCGCCCCCUCCUGCUCCUGCCGCUGAAUUCCAGGAGGCUUUCAACCUGUUCGACUACCGCAGCGAUGGCAAGAUCCAGCUGAGGCAGGUGUUCCUACCUAUUUACCAAGCGAUCUCGAAGGCCCGUUCUGGCGAUACGGCCGAUGACUUUAUCGAGGGACUGCGUCACUUUGACAAGGACGCCAGCGGCUACAUCUCCUCCGCCGAGCUGCGCCACCUGCUGACCACGCUGGGCGAGAAGCUGACUAACGAGGAGGUGGAGCAGCUGCUGGCCAACAUGGAGGACCAGCAGGGCAACAUCAACUACGAGGAGUUUGUUCGCAUGGUCAUGAGCAGCUAG